CUUUACGCGACUCUCCACAAGAUCCCAUUCACUAACCUUUCCCAGCAAAGCGUAUGUCCCUAUUCCGAUCCCUCAAUUCUCUUCCGCGACCGAUUGAAGAUGGCCUCCUUUAUACUCGACCGACUCCACGACACUCUUUUUGCACCAUCCAACGUCACAAUGGCACCGCCAGCAGCCUCCGCCAUACCAUUACAUCCCUACUGGCCCCUCGAGGCCGAGAUUGUGGGCUACCUCGCAAACGAAUGGAACACUCUCCAAUUGUGCUCCAUGUUCGCGGCGGGCUGCAGCGUCAUCUUCGCCAUAACGUACAUUGUGACGACCAAGCUGCGACCGAAUGUUAGCAUCAGCGACUUGUCCAUCGUUAUGUGGUUCGUUCUUUGCGGAUUCAUUCACUUCUUCUUCGAGGGCUACUUCGCGUACAACUUCCGCGCCAUGGGCGAGAAGCAAGAUCUCUUCGGCCAGCUCUGGAAAGAAUACAGCCUGAGCGACUCGCGGUACCUCACACAGGACGCUUUCGUCCUCUGCAUGGAGACCAUCACCGCCGUCUGCUGGGGCCCCCUCUCCUUCCUCGUCGCCGCCCUCAUCGCCACCAACCACCCGCUGCGCUACCCGCUCCAGAUCAUCGUGUCGCUCGGCCAGCUCUACGGCGACGUCCUGUACUACGCGACCUCGAUGUUCGACCUGUGGAUCCUCGGCCGCAUCUACUCGCGCCCGGAGCAGUUCUACUUCUGGGGCUACUUCGUCUUCAUGAACGCGUUUUGGAUCGUCAUUCCGGGUCUGCUGCUCGUCGGCGCGGUUCGGGAGAUCUGGACGAGGUUGGAUAGGCUGGAGAAGGUCGGUGCUGCUGGGAAGGCGAAUGGGAGUGUGAAGAAGAGGAAUUAGGAUGUUGUGAGGGGAGAUAUAAUUCCGCAUUUCACGUCAUACUUCCUGUGGAAUCUGAGGGUAGAGAUUUGGGGGUUUGGUGAUUGGUCCUUUUUUUUGUAGGGAUCAUUUGGGUUGAAUAUAGGGAUUGGAACGGGCAUUGGAUACUGCCGGAUUUAGGCCGAAAAGUUCUAUAGGCAGAGUCUCAUCUUCUUUGCAUAUACUUGGGAAAAAGAGACCGGGAACGGUUUAAGAUCCGAUAUAGAGACAGGGAGAGCGAAAGGGAGAAAUACGUACAUAAUAUCUAAUUACAAUGUUUUCCCACUAAGUCCUCCGUGUUUGAAGAUUGCGGAUUCUUCGAU